CAAUUUCUCCCUCUGAAAAAUAACCACUUUUUACGCGUUAUUUCCCCCCGUUUUUUUCAUGUUUAUUCUUUUGUGUUUGACUGUGUCUGCAGAAAACUCGUUCAAGAUAAACAGUAAUUCUCGUGAAAAUUGGUGGAUACGAGGAGAAAAUUUUCUGCUCUUUGAAUUAUUGGGAGGAGAAAACAAAAGAUGAGGAUUUGAGAACAAUUGAUUCCUCUUCGUGCCCUAGUUUGUGUGGAUUUAUGGUUGUGGAAGCUUAUCCCAAAAGGUAUUCUUCCAAGAUCCCUUCUGAUUUGGUUCUUUUCUUGGGCCUUGGCUUCAUAGAUUGGUAAUAUACGUUUAAAUUUUGAUUGAUACAGAAGCUAGUGUGCUUCAAUUUACUAAAUUUCUCUCUUCAAAUAUUUUAUAUUUAUGACAUAGAAUUAGGAGAAGAUGCAAAUUAUUAGUGUCUUUCUUUAGGAAUAUUUCCCUUGAGCUGAAAAAUUGAUUUUGGUGGGCUUGAUUCAGUGUCUCCCACCUGUCUUUGGAGGGCUUGAGGAGAUUGGUGGAUUAGUGUUGGAUGUGGUCUUCAUUUGAUUUUCUUGAUAUUUAUUAGGGGUAAUAUCUCUCUUUUCUUGUUCUUUUCUGGGAUUUCUUCAACCUGAUAGUCCUUUAUUUUCUAGUUCCUUAUGCUCUGUUUUAUAUGUAAUUUGGGUAUGGAUUUCUUUUUUGUUUGAGUUGGAGGUUUAGGAUUUUGGUUGAUGUGUGUGUAUUGUUGAGGAGUGGUUUAGAUAUGAAUAAAUUUAGGGUGUUGAUGGAAGUAGGAGUUUGCAGCUGGGAUUGACACGAUGGUUGUUCUCAUAUAAAGAUUACAUUUUGUUGUCCAACGCCUAACAUCUCACCUACUCACCAAAUGGGUUCAAUUUUUGUUUAUUGUGUGUGAUGGGUGAUACACUUCUGACUGGUUUGUAAAUGGAGAAUCAUCACCCUUCAACCAUCUUGUCCAUGGAUUCAAGCGCCUCAUCCUCCCACGAAGAACUAGACCUUGAGAUGAAUCCCCAAGAUAUUUUGACCCGCCCACCUGAUAUCAACCUGCCCCUUUCAGCCGAGCGAAGCCCCCCUCCACAGCCUUGGAACCCUGAACCAUGUGAUAUUCUUGAUGUUGGGCUAGGUACUCAAAUAUAUGAGACCGAGAGUUUCCUUGUCGCUCCCAAGGUUGGGAGGAAAUGUGCCAAAAGGGUUGAUAGUAUCUGGGGUGCUUGGUUUUUCUUCAGCUUUUACUUUAAGCCUGUGCUGAAUGAUAAAUCAAAGGCUAAAAUAAUACGGGAUAGUAAUGGGGCUUCUGGAUUUGAUAAAUCUGACCUGCAGCUCGAUACAUUCAUGGUUCAACAUGAUAUGGAAAACAUGUAUAUGUGGGUGUUCAAGGAAAGGCCUGAGAAUGCUCUUGGUAAGAUGCAGCUGCGUAGUUAUAUGAAUGGGCAUUCUCGUCAAGGAGAGCGUCCCUUCCCUUUUUGUGUGGAUAAAGGCUUUGUCCGGUCACACCGGAUGCAGAGGAAACAUUACAGAGGUCUUUCAAACCCUCAGUGUGUUCAUGGAAUUGAGGUUGUUCCCUCCCCAAAUCUUAUGGCUCUGGAUGAAGAGGAUCGCAAAAGAUGGACCGAGCUCACCGGGAGGGACGCUAACCUCACCAUUCCACCUGAAGCUAGUGACUAUGGCUCGUGGAGAAAUCUACCGAACACCGAGUUUGAGCUUGAAAGAUCUGCCCCAGUGAAGGCCAAUCCACAGUCCCACACGAAGAAGCUGCUCAAUGGAUCUGUGCUUAAUCUAUCGACUCAGCCUAUCAAUCAUAGCAAUGGGGAUGUCCUUGACCUCUCGCCUGUCAACCACAAGAGGAAGAAAGAUUUUUUUCCACAGGGGAAUGAUGAAGAUUGUUUCCUGGCAGUGAAUGCUCCUGCUCCUGACCGUGCCCCUGAUCUUGAAAUUCAUCCAAAUGGGCCUCACUGGUUGCAUGAGUUCAGUGGAGUGCUGAGGAAUGCCUACGGCCCUGUCACAGCUGCCAAAACAGUCUAUGAGGAUGCAGAUGGCUAUCUCAUUGUUAUCAGCCUGCCUUUUGUAGAUCUUCAGAGGGUGAAAGUCUCGUGGAGGAAUACCCUCACCCAUGGAAUCAUUAAGGUCUCGUGCACAAGUACUUCUCGCACACCAUUCAUCAAGAGACACAACAGGACGUUCAAGCUCACGGAUCCAUCAUCAGAGCACUGCCCGCCUGGGGAAUUCGUUAGAGAAAUCCCACUUUCAACUCGAAUCCCUGAAGAUGCUAACAUAGAAGCUUACUAUGAUGGGCCGGGAACAGUGCUUGAGAUAUUGGUGCCAAAACUGCGAGAGGGGCCAGAGGAACACGAGGUCAGGGUCUGUCUUCGGCCUCACCACGGUGGUAAUGAUCUCAAACUGACCUAAAAUGUCAUUCUUAGUGAGCUCACUGAAAUUGAUAAUCUGAGGUAGCAGAUGCGUCAAAUCCAAUAUGGUUUUUUGUCAUAUAUUCGGUUUGUGAAGCUCUUAAAAUGCUGUAGUUUUUUAUGCCAUGCAUCUAGUUUGAUUUAAGUUGUACUAAUUGUUUUUGUUAUGGAAGUUGUAUUUGAAUUAUUAGCUAAUGGCAUUUUUUUCUCAA